AUGUCUCGUACUAAAUCUAUUAAUUAUGAAAACCUGAAAGGAGAGUUAAAAAAUAAUAUUAACAGUAAGGUAAAAUCGAUUCAGUGUUAUACAGAAAAGGAAAAAAAAAAUUCAAAUAAAAGUCCUUCUUCGGAAAAUUACAUGUUAUGUAUGGAAGAGAAAAAUAUAGACUUUGAAGAAAAGAAAAAUGAACAAACGAGAAAUAACAAAAAUGAGGAUGGAAAAUUCAAAACGUGUAAAAUCAGAGGAAUAAAACAAAUGAUCAAUUCCAACGAAAAGCAGAUUUAUGAAAUGAACCAUAUUCUUUUCUCAGAUACACAGACAAAAAACUUAUGUGUAAAAGGAACUGAUGUAAAUUAUGGGACAUGUAAGAACAUGAAGCAAAUGCAUCUUGACCUUCAGCUAUUCUUAAGAAAUGCAACAUACCUAAAGAAAUACAUUGACAUCAGAGACAAGUUAAAUGAAAAACAAAUAAAAAAAAAAGAAACAAAUUCAAAUGAAAAUAACAUGAGCAAAAUAAAUAAGGAAUUACCUAACUGUACAAAUAAAUCGAUGCAACAGUGCAUAAAAAAUCGGAAUGCUGUACCCAGAGGUAAUAUCUACGUGGAAACAAAAAAUGAAACACCCAUCAAAUAUAAAAAUAGCUUUGUGCAUACCAAAAAUAACUCAUUCGAAAUAAGCACUAAAGAAAUCAAAAAUACACACUCCUCUUGUCUAUAUAUACAUGAACAUAAACAUGUCGAUGUGAAUGGGCUACAUAAUUUCCCUAUGCGUAAAGAAAACUCAGAGGGACCUCGUGGUCACAAAAGAAACGAAAGGAAUUACAUGCAAACGGAUAGAAAUUCAAAUGGGAGAAGUGCUAGCAGAGGAUGUUUUAACACCAUCGGUGGAGAUACUUCUCAUAUAAGAAAAAGAAUGAAACGAGAUAAUUAUUCUGAAAGAGAAUUCCAAAGAAAUGGCAUCCCGACGUGCAAUGAGCACAAAGGAAGUGUGGAGUUCGAAAGUGGUGGUGGCAGUAGUGGCAGUAGUGGCAAUAGUGACAAUAGUGACAAUAGUGACAAUAGUAGCAGUAGUAGCAGUAGUAGCAGUAGUGGCAUAAGUGGUAGUAAUGGCAGUAUUAAGGGCAAGAGAGGGGGUGGGAAGAGGCGCAAGAAUAUGCACGUAAAUAACCCAUAUGAUAAUGUUGAAGAUAUCAUUGACCGGGUUAACCUAAAUGACAUAGAAAUCCGAAGAGAUGAAAAAAGAACCCAUAAAUGUGGCUAUAAGAGAAGGAAAAAAUGCAGCAAGAUUGAUAAGCGUACUCAUAAUAUAAAAGAUAUAAUCGACAGAAAUGUCCUUACAAAUUUUAUCCAAUGUAUUAAUAAGCAGUUUAUGAACAGUCAGCAAAAUUCAUACAAUAAAAUGUGGAAAGAAGGGAAAGAUGUGAGUUACAGCGAUGAAACCGUAACUCCUAUGCGUAAUUUCACGUGUUCAAAGGGCAACGUCAAAUGUGAAAGUGAAAACAAAAAAAAUGAGAAGAAUGAUAAGGAAGGUGGUAAAGAUGGCAAUAAAGAUAUGGAAAAAUGUGGAGAUAAAAAUAUGGAAAAAUUUCGAAGUAAAAAUAUGGAAAAAUGUGGAGGUAAAAAUAUGGAUAAAUUUCAAAGUAAAAAUAUGGAAAAUUUUCGAAGUAAAAAUAUGGACAAAUGUGGCAGUAAAAAUAUGUACAAAUGUGAAAGUAAAGAUAAUGAUGUCUACAAAGAUAAUUAUGGCGUUAUAGAUGACGCAUUGCACGUUAGAGACAGUGAACAGUCCAAAGAGGAAAAACGAAAUAACACAAUGGUGCAUCCUAAUCAGAAUAAGAAAAAAGGAAUUUCAGAAAAAAAUUCAAUCAAGAAGGAUAUGACAUGCUAUGAUGAAAAUUGCUUUUCAAACUAUAGUUCAACAUCUGCUAACAAUGAAGUAAAAUUAAGCAAUAUCAUGAAUAAAAAUACAUCGAAAGAGAAUAACUUAUUAACUGAAUCAAACAAUUUUAAGGAAGUGUCACCUACAUUUUCUAGCUGUAGUGGUAAUUAUGAUAAAGUCAGUUAUGAAAAAAUGAAUUCUUGCAAAACGGAAUAUAUUGAAUCCAGUGAAGAUAAUAAAAAAGUAUAUAAUGGAACUGAAAAAUUAAAUAAAAAUUUAUCUUCUAAGAAAAAAUAUGACAUUCAUCAUUUUUCUUCACAAAUGAGAAAACUUCAAGAAUUACUUUUGAAAAAUAUUACCACAUUUACUCAUAUAGACAACGCCAAAUUUGAAAAGUGUAAAUAUUGUGUUUUGCAUAAUCUUAAUCAGAAAAGAGAGAAAAAAGAGAAUUCUGAUGAUAGGUGGUACGUGAAUAAGAAUGACAUGUUAGUUGAUGAUGAGUCCAACCUAAUAACACAUGAUUCCUCUGGUAAGAUUGUCAGAAGAGUGGCUCUUGCAGGAUCAAUAUCAACGUCGGAUUCAAAGAUUGAAUUCGUAAGGGAUGCUAAAAAUUCCACUAACAUAUUAGAAAGUGGAACAGGAGAAAAAGAAAUAAAUAGAAUAAAGAAUGAGCUACAGUAUGGGGAAGUAAAUAUGGUUACACACAAGAAUAGUCACUAUGGUGUGGAUUACGAUUCACACGACAAUACUCACAAUCGAAUAAAGAAUUAUACCAAAGAGAAGGAGGAGAACGAGGAGAACGGCGAGGACGACAUGUGCCAAGAAAUUGCACACAUAGGUGACCUUAAGAGAAUUCUCAUAGGGAAUCACGAAUCUUUGAAAAAUUAUUUAAAAAGCUUAAACAAGAAAAAAGAGAAUGUGUAUGAUUAUCUACUUAAUCUAUACUGCUAUGCAUAUAUAAGAAGACACACCUUGAAUAAUGAUAAGUUGACAAAUGCCAAUAAUCAUACUAUUAAUGAACUCGAACAAUAUAACAGAAUGAUUCAUGGUGGGAAUUCUUAUAAUUAUAUACACAGACAUAAUAGUAAACUUAAAAAGGAUUGCAAAAAUAGCCAUCCUGUAAAAGUCGCAAAGGAGGACGAAAUAUUAAACGAAAAGGAAAAGAAAAGUAUUUUUAAUUUCACAAAUAAGCAAAUACAAAAUUGUUCUAAAUAUAAGAAUGAGCAAGUCGCACCAUCGAAUUGCAAUCCAAGUAGCGAUAGAACUACUACUACUGCUGCUACUGCUGCUACUGCUGCUACUACUGCUACUACUGCUACUACUGCUGCUACUGCUGCUACUGCUGCUAGUUAUAGGAACAGCUUUUCUGCAAGUUGCAAUAAAAUACAAAUGUGUAAUAACUCUACAAACUCGCAAAAUGGGAAUUAUAAGCAGGUAUACAAAAAUAUAAAUGAAAAUAACAUACACAAUAAUAAUCAAAUUGAUGUAGACUUAGAAAAAAAUGAAAAUAGAAAAAUUCUGUACAAGUAUUAUAACUACUUGAAACUGAAAGAUUACAUAAUCCCAUAUGAUAUUUACAACAAUUCGAGGGGAGGAGUAACAAAAAAGGAUUUUUCUGUGGGUGAUAGCAACUGUAUCGCUCACAACAAAGACAAUGUCAAUUGUGGUGGCGAUUGUGGAAAUGGUCGUAGAGCACCAGAGAAGGACAACGUGGAUAGAGACCUUAUUAAUAUAUCCUACAAUUUUAUUACAGAACAUAGAGACCCAAGUAAAAACUUAAUAUAUGACAAUUUUUGCAAUUUCCAUAAAAGAGAAUUAUUAAAAAAAAUGACAAGCACAUGUACGAAUAGAACUCAUGAAAAUUUAGGCAUAAAGGUAAAUGCACAAAAACUGCCAGGAGGUGACAAUCUGAACUUUUUAAAGCUUAAUAACAUUUUUGAGGGCCAUAAUUUGCCUUAUUAUAGCAAGAAAAACAGUAGUAAGAAUUUUUAUUUUUUUAAACAUUUAAUCGAAAGUCUAAACAGAGAUGAGCUUCAAAAGUUGAUGUUGUGUCAAUGUUGUUAUGUAUUAAAAAUGAUCGAAAAUAAAAUGACCCCUCUUGAUGUAAUCUUAGACACGCAAAUUUUGUUUCAUGAUUGUAACAAUUAUUUUAAAAAUCAGGGAUGGAUAGACAAUAAUACUAUUAUUUCUCAGUACAGUAGAAAUAUCCAUAUGCAUAAUUUUCAAAAGGGAGAUCAUAUUAUGCAUGAUUGUAGUAAACAUGAAAACAUAUCAGAUUUAUUCCAUAAUGAACAUAUCAACAGUUUUCAUAAGAAAGAAAAUAGACAAUGUAACAAGAACCAAAACAAUAAAAUGGUUAAAUCGCAUGUGAGUAUUUCUCAUUCUGGUGUGAACCUUACUAGCAACAUCCAGAAUAACGAUAGUACCAGUGCAAUCUGUGGUGAUCACUGGAGUUUUACCAACACUAACAACAGUAACAUACAUUUUUACAAUUUCGAAAAUCAUGAAAUAUCCAUGACUUCAACAACGGCAUCUAUUAGCUGUAAAAUCAAUGAAUUUUCAAAUGACGAGAGUAUAAAAAACAACAGAAAUGCAUUGAAAAGUGUAAACAAAAAAAAUGAUAAAAUACGAAAUAAUCAUAUAUUUGGAAAAGGGGCAGAGAGACACACACAAUAA